GCUCGAUAGCUACCAUUCCCCCUUUCAGUCACUAGGGAGAGACUCUGAACCGGAAAGCUGCUGUUAUCACACUCAAAGAGUCCCACAGCAGGCUGAUAGGAGCCGCAGAGUCUGCAGCGUACCGCCAUCCGCACCGGCCUGCGGGACGCGCUCUCUCCGCCCGGGAUGGAGAAAGACGCUUCUGGACCGGACCCAUCCUGCCAGCGGAACGGGGUCGUGGGCGUGCAGUACGGAGAGUUCACCGACAUGCUCAACGACAGGAUCCGGUACUCGGUGAGCUUGACGGAGAGCACUCUGACCAUCCAGAGCAUCUCCUCAUCACCCGGCCGGACUAAGGUGGUGUUUAACUUGACCGACUGUGUCGGGUGCCGGGCUCACAGAGGGUCGGACAGCGCGGACGUCGGCGCCUACUUUACAGCCUAUUUCUACCCGUUCAAGAGGCGCUGGAUGAGCGCCGGAGUGGCCCGGCAGAGAGUGGAGCAGUGCUUUAGGGUCGCGCAGGUCCAGGACCCGCUCGUCAACCUCCAGGAGGCUGAGAGGUGGGCUCGUGCCAUCAAAGAUGCCGCCGCGCUGCAGGCGCCCAGGAGAGACGGUGUGGUUUACGCAGAGGUGCGUCGGCCCUGCAGAGUCAUGGUUCUGGUGAACCCUCACAGCGGCCGCGGCCAAGCUCUCCAGCUCUUCAGCGGCCAGGUACAGGGCAUGCUCACUGAGGCCGCUGUUCCCUACACACUCGUCAUCACAGAGCACCAGAACCAUGCACGGGAGCUUGUGAGGAAGGCUGAUCUUUCGCAGUGGGACGCCCUGGCUAUCAUGUCUGGAGAUGGGCUGCUGUUUGAGGUGAUAAAUGGCCUGAUGGAGCGAGAGGACUGGGAAGAGGCCAUCCAGACCCCUCUGGGUAUUCUACCAGGGGGCUCAGGCAAUGCCCUGGCUGCCUCCGUCCACCACUACUCACAGUCCCCCCCAGCGUGGAACGAGGAGCUUUUAUUGAGCUGUGGGUUCAUGCUGUGCAAAGGUCUGGUUGGCUCCAUGGACCUGGUGUCGAUACACCUGGCCUCUCGGCAGCGCCUCUUCUCCUUCCUCUCCCUGGCCUGGGGCUUCGUGGCUGACGUCGACAUCGAGAGCGAGAAGUACCGCCAUGUCGGUGCAAUCCGCUUCUUAAUGGGCACCCUGGUGCGACUGGCUUCCCUCCGAGUCUACCAGGGCAGGUUAGCAUAUCUGCCUGUCAUGGAGACACCAAAACCUCCCAAAAGGAGCAUCACAGCUAACCACUCACCCUCCACACCUCAGCACCCCUCGCUCUGCUCCUCCCUUCCCUGUCGGCUUAUCCCCAACAUCUCUCCAAACCAGAACUCUCGCCACAAUCACAACAGCACAAACUCCAACCACAACACCAUCACCAACUCCUCCAACAAUGCAAUCACUACCAAUAGACCUGAGACCCAGAGUGAUGGCAAGACCAGAGCACUGGAAGACUCUUGGCUUCCUGGCCUGGACCAGCCUGUCCCAGAGAGCUGGACAGUGGUCAAGGAGGAGGGCUUUGUCUUGGUGCUGGCUAUUUACCAGUCCCACCUGGCUGAGGACCUGUGGACAGUCCCUAGUGCGAUGGCAGACGACGGUGUGAUUCAUCUGUUAUAUGUGACAGCAGGAAUCUCCCGUCCAGCCCUCCUGCGCUUUUUCCUCGCCAUGGAGAAGGGCGCCCACUUGGAAUGCGGCUGCCCCCAUCUGGUGUACAAGAAGGUGAAAGCCUUGCGGUUGGAACCCAUCUCUCCACAAGGCAUGAUCACUGUGGAUGGGGAGAUGGUGGAAUACGGGCCUGUUCAGGCUCAAAUCCACCCAAGACUGGCCAGACUUAUUUGUGGAUGAACUGGGAUUAUCUUAAUCUUUUCUGACUGUAGUUUUCUAGUUUGGCCUUUUAUAUUCAGUGUCAAUUUCCUUCUGUAUGCUGUGUUUUCGGAAGUGCCAAAGACAUAUGAUCAGCCUCUGGAAAUUCCUCUAUUUUUCUACAGAAAUAAUGUGUCUUAUUUUUAUGGACUUCCACCCAGUACUCUCUUUUCCUCAAUGUUUGAUUCAGGGUCAAAGCAAUUGAUGGUUGUACUUGCUGCUGGCUGGUCCCAGCUUAGAGAAACGGAUAGAGAUUGUGUGUGUGUGUGUGUGUGUGUGUGUGUGUGUGUGUGUGUGUGUGUGUGUGUGUGUGUGUGUGUGUGUGUGUGUGUGUGUGUGUGUGUGUGUGUGUGUGUGUGUGUGUGUGUGUGUGUAGCUUUGGCACACACCAGUGCAGCGGCUGAGGAGUGCAUUGUGCACUCUGCUGUCGGCCCUCAUAAGCAUGACACAUGUGAAGAGAAGCACAUUUUACCAUCCUGGGAGUCUCUUGGAGAAACCAUGCCCCUUGUCCCACUGUACUACCCCAGGCCAACAAUCUCCCUCUUGGGCAACCACUCUGACAGCACUGCCUCCCUCUCAGCCUGGUUAAGAGGAGCAUUUUUAUUUUUUCACUGAGGGGAUACAAAUCCCCCGGGAAUUGGAUGUUGAAAAAAUCUUUUAUCUUUGAUUAAAGAUUAUAUAAACUGGAACAAUACCAGAUCCAGUCACGCUAACACAGACCCCACCCCUUCUCCUUUUUGUGUGGGAAAACUUCUUCCAGCUGAUGAUACGUGAAGUGCUAGUGAAGCAGAGAGAAAUUUUGCCAGCUGAGGUUAAACCUCUACCACCGGCUGAUCCACUUCAUGCCCUGUGUGUUCUCUUACCCUGCUUCAUCUGCAACCAUCAUCAAACUGUAGAAACCACAUCCACACACACAUAAUCACACACUUUCUUUCCCCAUCCCCCCUCCUCCUAUGAACAGCUCCUCCCAUAAACAUGCAUACACACACAGACACACACACACACACACACACAAUCCUUUGCAUCUCUGCAGCACUUAGCGAGGGGGAGGGGCAUGGUCUUCUUCUGUGCGUAUGAUCCCGUCUCCUCUUGCCAUCUUAAGAUUGUACUCUUCCUCCCUCCUUUGGUUAAUGAGCCAUCAGCACCUUAUCUGUUCUUAGUAAGAAGCUUUACAUCUGCAAAAGUGUGCAACAUAUUCUUUAAUUAUGUGGAAUCUUUUGAGUGAGUUUCAGCUCCAGACACUUUUUAGACUGGUUGAGGCUCACUUUAGUGCAGAGAGCAGGGUUUCACACCGGGUAUGUCAGCGUUGCAUAGUGAGGGCCGUGCGAUCAGUGUGGGCUGGAGGGAGUCAUGUGCUCUGCUCCACUGUGUGGCCUUUUCCGCUGGUUGUCGGUGCUGCUGGGAUGAGCAUUAAUGCACCAGAGCAAAGGAGAGUGCAAAUGUUAGCAUUAUUAUUAGCGCCCUCCCUCCCUCCACACUCACACACACACACACACUCUCUCUCUCUCACACCAGUUUAUUUUAGGUCAUGAUGACCGCACCAGAACUGUUACACCCACAGGUAUGCAGCAGCUAAAUAUCAUCACUUAGAAAGUCUUUGAUGACCUGUCUUUUCUGACCUGACAAAUCAUGUUCUUUAAUUGUAAAACAAGAAAACAAACACAAAAACUGAAUGUUAACAGGGUAAAAGAGACAUUACUGAAUGGAUGUUGCUAACAACACAAUCACCUCUUAAGCUAAAUGAGAAAAGUAAAAUGUUGAAAGGCUAAUGGGGUUCAAAGAAAUGCUGAUUGGGAGAUUUCCCAAGUUUCGAUGAAUACAUCAUUGUUGUGUGUGCAUUAGAGUCAAUGCAACGAAUAGAUAGUGCACAUCAUGUUCCUGCUGUUUGUGAACGAAGGAAAGUGUUUGGCUUCCUCUGGAACAGGUGUAAAUGUACACCGGGUCCCUUUUAAAUGUAAAUUUCUUCACAUAAUGCAAAAAAAGCAAGCUUUCUUUAAGGACUGUACAGUAAUUAUCAGGGCGUGGAGGGAGGCUGAACUCUAUGUUUCACUAUGUGCCUCUGUGGACAAUAGUUUCUUAGGACACUCCCUUUGACUAAGAGAAAAUGCAACAAGACCAAAUCAUGAUUGAAAUAUAGUUUUUUGGAUAUGAUUCAUAUGUAUGAAUAAUUAAAAAACACUGCACCACCUGCAUCAUGCACAUAAAAACAGGUUAUUCCAUACAGCUAUGGACUAAGCAGACAUCCACUUAAAUGAUCUAUUCUUGCAGAGAUAGAACAGAAAAAAUAUAUAUAUAAGACAAGCUAGCAUUAGCUGUCUAGCAGGUAAAGACAGACUGAAUAAACUAGAAUCUGCACAUUGAUCACUUAUUUUUUGUGCAUAUUUCAAAUAACUCUUCAAAUAUUUGUUUGCAAAUGUAUACAUUUUACCCAUCGUGCAAAAGCAAAAUGUCAAAUUGAUCAAAUUAAUUCAAUAUACAGUAUACAUCGUCCAGCAAAACAAUAUUUCGAAGGCGGGAGCUGCUGCGGGCCAGGGAAAAAUGUCUCCCUGCUGAGAUAAUGUUUAGUCAGUCAUUAGAGAUUUAUUUCAUUCUGCUUCUCAUAACUGGCAGCUGGUCUUAGCUAGUGGAAUGUGUUGAGCAAAUUAAAGCCCAGAUACAAAGAAGAGAAUUUCCCCCUCCACACACCCUACAGCAAAAUGAACCACAAUGACGUGUGGCGUACACCAGAGCCAUGUUUUUGAGUUAAAUAUUUGACCCCCAACCCUUAAUAAUUUUUGUACACUCCCUAAAUGAUCCAUGCUUGAAGUUAACUCUUCCAUCCUCCAUCUUCACUGCAGUGCCGAUUAUUUGCCUAUAACUUAAUUUUACAUUAUGAGACGUUUACAUUUACUGUGUGAUAGUCAUAGCUACAACUGGUGUCCAACAUGCUGUACCUUCUACCAUUACUGUAACCUCAGCAAAGUUAUCCAGGUGCUUUGAAUGCAUUGUUGUGUUCCGCAGGCUGCACUAGUGAACUCGCAGCUGCCCACGUGCACUGUUCGUUACUAAAUGUAUAAAGUACAUCUCGUAAGGCUAGAGAUAAGCUAUGCAAAUGCCUUGUCAUGGCUGCAGACAUCUGGAGUGAGGGGGCCCUCUGCUGGACCAAUCACAUACACUCAUUGAGCUAUCCUGAAAUAAAUCCUCAUGUCGGACAAUGCAAUCUCAGCAGACUGCCACCCCCUUCCUGCUUCUUAUAUGGACAGGCUUGGAUGGGUAACAACGUUAAGCUCAGCUGCAGGAGACGUUUCCUUCUUCAUACAAAUCUUCAAUAACGGAAGCCAACAUCCUUUUUAUUGUCAUUAUAUGAUAGAAAUGUACUUGAUGCUCGCGUAGAAAUACAGCUGCAAAUAAUAAUCAACGUCAGCAUAUCUGUGUAAGGCGUUGCUACACUACUGUUAACUUACGGUACUAUACUGUUCAAUUGUUUAUUCCACUCGCUUUAAUGUAAUAGCAGUUGUUUUUUAAAAACAUAAAUGUUAAUACUUGUCUUUGUCAAUAUACUGUCAUGACAUUUUAUACCACAGUUAAAAAGGUUGUGUCACUGAGUGAGAACUCAAAUGUUUUUAGGAACAUAUGUUUUCUGUACCGUGGACACGUUUUGUUUUACUCAAAAUAUCUUGAGUUGUAUCCUCACUUAAAGAAAGCCUGAACUGUCAUUAUUUACAGAUAGAAGAUGAAUGUUUUAUUCACUGCUUUGUUGUUUAAUGUGGCGAUAUAAACUGGCUUCUAGUGCAGUAGAUCAGGGGAUCCAUGUGGUGUGGUUGAAUGUGUCAUUCUGUCUAUGUUA